UGAUAUAUCAUUUCACUGAUGUUUGCUCUUUUCUUUUUGUGUGUGGCGCGGCCGAGUUCGGGGCAGCCUUGCCUUUGAUGCAAGCGCGACAACCCUGACGCAAACUGCAACAGCAGGCAAGCGGAAGCAGCAGCGGAACGAAGCAAUAACAGUGAUGUGAUGAUUGACUGUGAUGUGCGCCUCUCCACUCCACCAGCAUCCAUUUUCCUCGCAACGCCAACGCCAAGCAACCAAGCAAAGCAAGCCAAUUGGAUCAAUCUCGCACACAGCAACCCAGCCACCCCAACCCCAGAGCACAACUAACCAGCCACCGCCUUUCUUCGAACCAAGACCAAGCAAGCAAGCAACCAGCGCCAUGAAGGUCGUAGAUGAGGAGCAUCUCGAGAGCGUCGUCGGCCGCUCGUUCAAGCGGGCCAUGGAGGGCGCCGCCUGGGGCGUGGGCAUUGGUGGCCUCGCUGCCCUUGCCCUGAACAAGUUCUCGCCCUGGUAUCGCCGCUUGACCCCGGCCCUCAAGGCCUACAGCCUGCUCGUGCCCGUCAUUGGCGGCAUGAUGAUCAUUGGCGAAGGCGAGCUUGUCGCCAUCGAGAGGGAGCACCACCGACAGCACCACAAGGAGCAGAUGCAGAAGCGCAUGGAGGAGUUCCGCCGCCUUGACGCCGAGACACAUGCCGCCCGCCAACAAGCCGCCAACGCGUCCUCCUCAUCCUAACCAACCACGAGUCUCCUCGCAGACGCCCACUGACACGAUCCAUGCGUCUCUGUGGCUUCCCUUCACGCUGCUUCCCUUCACGUUGCUUCUCGCUACCACUCCUCCUGUCAUCAUUUGUGCUGUCUUAUUCCUUCCUUCCUUCCUUGUUCUGCCGCUUGUCAGAGAGGUUACGCUGGUGAAUCGUUUUGGUGAAAUGUUUGAUGAACUUCGAGUUUUGCGUUUGUUGAACUCCUUCCGGUCUGCGUUUGCCGCUUCGAAGCGAUGCCCCUCUCUGUGUUUCUGGUGUCACGUGUUUUCAGCCGGCUGCUGCUAUCCAUCCAUCAGCUGCUGUUUGUUACCCACCCUUCUCCUUGGUCGUGUUGCGUGUCCACGCUGUUGUUUGUAAGCGACUCUUGACCCUCCGCUACCCUAUGUACACUACACAGGCACACCUGCCAUGGAUCGCCCUUCGGCGUGCUGGCGCCUGUGCUCACGCGACAUGCCAUCGUUUGUCACAUCGCGUGUCACAUCGCGUCCCAUUACAUUAAUGUAAAUCGUUCAGCUCAGUACAUUCAAGGAGUGGUUUACUGAUGACGCGUCCCCACGUGCACAUGGCCAGCGCAAGAACGAAGCACAACACUGAUGAUGAGAGAACGCAACACACAACAACCUCAAAUAAAACGCAAACACAAGCAA